AUGUCUUUAGCUUCAUCCUGUGGAACAAUUCCUCCAGUGCAAAGUAAUUAUUCACCAAAGGGUGAAAUUACAAAUAUUGCCGGUAUAGAGGUCUAUUGUGCGGUUCCUGACUCAUUUGCCGAAGCUCAGACUAAAAAUGCAAUUAUAAUUUGUUAUGAUAUUUUUGGGUUUCAUGAAAAUGUAAAGCAAAUUUGUGAUUUAUUAGCAUCUCAAGGUUUCUUUGUUGCGAUGCCCGAUUAUUUUCGAGGUAAUCCUUGGAAGAUUGACGCAGGCAUCAACAGAAAUAAACUUAUUGAAUGGUUAAAUGCAACAGCACCUCCUGAAACAGUUUAUCAACUCACUACUCAAGUUGUAGAACAUCUUCGAAAUGAACAUAAAGUUCAGAAUUUUGGAUAUGCAGGAUUUUGUUGGGGUGGCAUGAUUGCAUCUAAACAAUCCAAAGAUCCAAAUUUUGAUGCUUGUAUAUUAAUUCAUCCUGGAAUGUUGAAACUUGAUGAUUUUAAGGAAAGUCAAUGUCCUAUCGCUUUUUUACCUUCUAGAGAUGAACCUGACCUUGAAAAUGAAUUUUUUAAAAAUCCGGUUCUUACUAGCAAGCCAUUUGGCAGUAAACUCAUUCAUCGUAGAUUUGAUGCGUCGCAUGGUUUCGCGGGAGCCAAGGGUAAUUUCGAGGAUCCAGUUAACGCUAAAUAUGUAAACGAAGUUAUUGAUAUUAGUGUUAAGUUCUUUAAUGAGAAUUUAGGUGUAAAAUAUUAA